GUGACAUUUACGUUAUAUGAUUAUUGUCAUUUCUUGAUUCUUGAGCGCUACAGAACGUGAGGGUCAAGAUUUCUCCUUAUUUCUUUUUAAUAAUGGUAUCAAAAUAGAUAAAGAUAAUGUCCCUCUACGUACCUAAAAGAGGCUAACAGAUAUGUUAGCUCUAUAACAAUCUUAAGAAAUAUAAUUAUUAAAACAUGGUGAUGUCGUGAACAAAACCGCAUUGUCAGGUCUUAUUGUUUUGCACAAAAUAGUGAUAAAGUUAUGUAACCUUUGUUGGUUUUAUAUUGGUGAAUAAAACAAGGACGUAAAAAUGAGGACAGUCGCAUUGAUCAGCGGUGGAAAGGAUAGCUGCUACAACAUGAUGCAGUGUGUUGGUGCCGGCCAUAAAAUCGUAGCGCUGGCCAACCUCCAACCUCUUCUUAAAGAUGAAUUGGAUAGUUAUAUGUACCAAACAGUUGGCCACCAAGGAAUUGAGCUAUAUGCUGAGGCUAUGGAUCUACCUUUGUAUAGAGAGGCAAUAUCUGGUGUAGCUGUUGACCAAGGAAGGAAUUAUAAGCCAACCUAUAAUGAUGAAGUGGAGGAUCUAUACAGAUUACUUGCAAGGGUUAAGAGUGAAAUGAAUAUUGAAGCUGUAUCAUGUGGCGCUAUUUUAUCUGAUUACCAAAGAAUAAGGGUUGAAAAUGUAUGUCAGAGACUUGGUCUUGUAUCGCUUGCUUAUUUGUGGAGAAGGAACCAAAAAGAACUCCUGCAAGAGAUGAUAUCUAGUGGUGUUGAGGCUAUCAUUAUAAAGGUUGCAGCUCUAGGAUUAGAUCCAAGAUUACAUUUAGGGAUGACAAUAAAAGACAUACAACCGCAUCUUCUAGUCAUGCAGGAGAAGUAUGGGCUCAACGUGUGCGGCGAGGGGGGGGAAUACGAAACAUUCACCUUGGAUUGUCCUCUAUUUAGGAAACGGCUAGUCAUAGAUGAAAAAGAAUUAGUUAUACAUACGGAAGAUUCUGUGGCGUCUGUUGGAUAUUUAAAUUUAAAAUUACACCUUGAACCAAAAGAAAACUAUGAUGGAACAAUAAAUCUACCUCUAACUGUAAAAAACUCACUUGAUUUUAUUAAUGAUUUGAGUGAUACAGUGUUUAGUGAUAUUAGUGAUAUAGACGAAUCAGAGAUAGACUCUAUUGAAAAGUUAAAGAUUGAAGAAGAGAAGAAGCAGAAAGAACUAAAUCCUCUUAUUAGUUACGACAGACAGACAGAUAAGAGAGAAGAAAUAGUCAAUCAAAGUGAUGAUGAUUUAGAAGAAGAUGAUUAUUACUAUGAUGAUGUGUCUGAUGAAAGUGAAAAGUUAACUGUUAUAGAUCAUAGAUCUAUUUAUGGCAAUAGACAUGGGUGGUAUUUUAUUGGAGGCAUCGUUGGUGAAGGCGUGGACAUGGCGGUGGCUACUGAUGAUGCGAUGAAUAAAUUAAUUAGUAGGCUUGCUUCAAUCGGAAAAUCUCGAGCUUCCACACGUGUGUUCAGUGAACAUAUAUAUGCGCGAUAUGGAACAGUACUCGGAACUCAAUGCGGUGUACGUGAAGACGUUUAACUUCCCCAACCCGCCCACAAGGGUGUGCGUGCAAUGCCCAUUGCCUAGCGACGUGGGACUGAUCAUGGAUGCUGUAGCACAUAAACCGGUACCUGGGAGUAAUAUGGAAGGCGAGGGCACAAUGUCAAAGGAACGCGUUACGAUGCAUGUGCAAGGCAUAUCUCACUGGGCUCCGGCUAAUAUAGGACCUUAUAGUCAGGCUGUUAAG